AGUGAGCAGGAGCAGCCCUAAGGGGCGGGCUCCUGUCCCAGACAAACAGUGGGGUGGAUUCUGGCCAUCUCGGUGUCGCCUCCAGCCCCGUCUGUGCCCGCUGGGUCUCUCCGGCUCUGGGUCCCACUGGCUGGGCCUCACUUUCCCCCAUCUGGAGAGUGGGCACCGGCCCCACUCAGGCCCGGGGAGCAUCAGAGCUGGCCCUGAGCCGGGCCCUCCCUCCGGGGGACACCGAUGACUCACAGGCCGGCCAUCCCCGUCCCGGGAGGUUCCUAGUUCAGUGGGGCUGCCCAGACGGGGAGAACGGGCCAUCACAACGGGGAUGGGGGACACCCCGGGCAGAGAGGAAGCCCAGAGGACGUGCCCCCACAAGCCUGGACGGUCCGAGAAGUAUGAGCUGAGACCAGAAGGCCCCACCGUCAUGGGCAGCCUCGCCUACCGAGAAGGCCUUGAAGACGAAGAGAAGAACUCGGGGUUCACGUGGGAGGUGAAAGCCAACAGCCGGGCCUACAACAGCCGCUUCAAGGAGAAGGCCUUCCUGUGCUGGCAGAGGCCGAAGUACAAGACCAACAUCAUCCACACGGCCAAGUACAACUUCUUCUCCUUCCUGCCCUUGAACCUGUGUGAGCAGUUCCGCCGCAUGUCGAACCUCUACUUCCUUCUCAUCAUCAUCCUCCAGAGCAUCCCCGAGAUCUCCACCCUGCCCUGGUUCACGCUCUUCGCCCCGCUCGUCUGCCUCCUCGUCAUCCGGGCCACGCGAGACCUGAUGGACGACAUCGGGCGACACAGGAGCGAUAGGGUCAUCAACAACCGGCCCUGCCAGGUCCUGGUGGGCAAGAGCUUCCGGUGGAAGAGAUGGAAGAACCUGUGUGUGGGCGACGUGGUCUGUCUACGCAGAGACAACAUUGUCCCGGCCGACCUGCUCUUGCUGGCCAGCACCGAGCCCAGCAGCCUGUGCUACGUGGAGACGGCUGACAUCGACGGGGAGACCAACUUGAAGUUCAGGCAGGCGCCAAUGGUCACCCACCAUGAGCUGAACAAUGUGAAGAAGAUGGCGUCCUUCCAAGGCAAGGUGGUGUGUGAGGAACCCAACAGCCGGAUGCACCAGUUUGUGGGGUGCCUGGAGUGGAUGGGGAGGAAAUACCCCCUGGACAUCGGCAACAUCCUCCUACGAGGCUGCAAGAUCCGGAACACGCACACCUGCUACGGGCUGGUCAUCUACGCGGGUUUUGACACGAAGAUCAUGAGGAACUGUGGCAAGAUCCACCUGAAGAGAACCAAGCUAGACCUCCUGAUCAACAGGCUGGUGAUCGUGAUCUUUGUGUCCCUGGUGCUGAUCUCGGCGGCCCUGACCGUGGGCUUCUGGUACAAGGUGAAGGAGUUCAAGACCAAGCACCACUACGUGGCCGCCAAGCACGCGCGCACCAUGGCCACCGAGUCCUUCUUCAUCUUCUGGGGCUUCCUCAUCCUGCUGAGCGUCAUGGUGCCCAUGGCCAUGUUCAUCAUGGCCGAGUUCAUCUACCUGGGGAACAGCGUCUUCAUCAACUGGGACACGCAGAUGUACUACGAGCCGAAAGAUAUGCCCGCCAAGGCCCGCAGCACGAGCCUCAACGACCAGCUGGGCCAGGUGGAGUACAUCUUCUCGGACAAGACCGGCACGCUCACCCAGAACAUCAUGACUUUCAAGAAAUGCUGCAUCAACGGCGUCCUCUACGGCGACGAGGAAAAGAAGACCGGCCGCAAGGAGAGCCCCUACCUCUGGAACAAAUUCUCCGACGGGAAGCUGCCCUUCCACAACGCGGAGCUCCUGCAGGCCGUGCGCGGCAACAAGGACAAGAUGGUGCGCGAGUUCUGGCGCCUGCUGGCCAUCUGCCACACGGUGAUGGUGCAGGAAAGGAACAACCAGCUGUUGUACCAGGCGGCGUCGCCCGAUGAGGAGGCGCUGGUGACGGCCGCGCGGAAUUUCGGCUACGUGUUCCUGGCGCGCACGCAGGACAGCAUCACGGUGAUGGAGCUGGGCGAGGAGCGGGUGUACCAGGUGCUGGCCAUGAUGGACUUCAACAGUGUCCGAAAGCGCAUGUCGGUGCUGGUCCAAGACCCCGAGGGCUCCAUCUACCUGUAUACCAAAGGCGCCGACACGGUCAUCUUUGAGCGCUUGCGCAAGAAAGGCGUGAUGGAGUGGACCACGGAGGACAUCCUGGCCUCUUUGGCUGAGCAGACCCUGCGGACGCUGUGCCUGGCCUACAAGGAGGUGGACAAGGAUGCGUAUGAGCAGUGGCACCAGCGCCACCAGGAGGCCAGCCUCCUGCUGCAGAACCGGGCCCACGCCCUGCACCAGCUGUAUGAGGAGAUGGAGCAGAACCUCCAGCUGCUGGGAGCCACAGCCAUCGAGGACAGGCUCCAGGACGGCAUCCCCGAAACCAUCCAGUGUCUCAAGCAGGGGAACAUCAAAGUGUGGGUGCUCACAGGGGACAAGCAAGAGACGGCGGUGAACAUCGGCUUUGCCUGUCAGCUGCUCUCGGAGAACAUGCUCAUCCUGGAGGAGAAGGAGAUCACUCGGAUCCUGGAGGCCUACUGGGAGAGCAACAACAACCUGCUGGGAAAGAACUGCCUGAAGAAGCGGUUCCUGCCACAGGUCAAGAUGGCCAUGGUCAUCAACGGGGAUUUCCUGGACCAGCUGCUGCUGUCCCUGCGCAAGGAGCCGCGGGCGCUGGUCCAGAGCGCGGACGCGGACGCGGAGGAGCCGUGGCAGGAGCCCGGCGAGAGGAGGACGGACUUCCUGCAGGCCCGGCGGCUGUCCCUGAUGUGGCGCUCCCUCGGGACGCAGCUGAGGAGCACGGGGCUGGCGUCGCCGGACCAGAAGGCGCGCGCCCGCGAGAGCCCCGAGAUGCGGCGGGAGCGCGCCUUCGUGGAGCUGGCCUCGCGGUGCCAAGCGGUCAUCUGCUGCCGGGUGACGCCCAAGCAGAAGGCCUUGAUCGUGGCCCUGGUCAAGAAAUACCAGCACGUGGUGACCCUGGCCAUCGGCGACGGCGCCAACGACGUCAACAUGAUCAAGACCGCGGACAUCGGCGUGGGGCUGGCCGGCCAGGAGGGCAUGCAGGCCACGCAGAACAGCGACUACGUGCUGGCCCAGUUCUGCUUCCUGCAGCGGCUGCUGCUGGUGCACGGGCGCUGGUCCUACCUGCGCGUCUGCAAGUUCCUGCGCUAUUUCAUCUAUAAGACGCUGGCCAGCAUGAUGGCCCAGGUCUGGUUCGCCUUCUACAGCGGCUUCACCGCCCAGCCCCUGUACGAAGGCUGGUUCCUGGCGCUCUUCAACCUGCUGUAUACCACCCUUCCGGUCCUGUACAUCGGCCUGUUCGAGCAGGACGUGAGUGCGGAGCAGAGCCUGAAGUUGCCGGAGCUAUACAUCGUGGGCCAGAAGGACGAGCUCUUUAACUACUGGGUCUUUCUCCAAGCUGUGGCCCACGGCAUGGGCACCUCCCUGGUCAACUUCUUCAUGACCCUGUGGGUCUGCCGUGAUUCGGGCGGGCCCGUCAUCUUCGGCGACUAUCAGUCAUUUGCCGAGGUCGUGGCCCUGUCGGGCCUGCUGUCCAUCACCAUGGAGGUCAUCCUCAUCCUCAAAUACUGGACCGUCCUGUUUGUGCUGGCCAUUCUCCUCAGCCUCUGUUUGUACAUACUCAUGACUUGGGCCAGCCAGAGCUUCUGGCUCUUCAAACUCUCCCCCAAGACCUUCCCGUUUCUGUACGCUGAUCGCAACGUGCUGUCCCAGUCCCCCAUCCUGCUGGUGAUCCUGGUGAACGUGUCGUUGAACACGCUGCCUGUGCUGGCCUUCCGUCUCAUUCACCAGACCCUCAAGAAGCCACGCCCCAAGGAGGAGGAGGAGGCCCCGAGUGAGGAGCUCGUCACCCCGGAGCCCAUGCCCUACAUACACCGGGAGUCACGUGGCCGGCGCUCCAGCUAUGCCUUCUCCCACCGUGAGGGCUACGCAGACCUCAUCACACAGGGCACCAGUCUGCGGAAGCCACCAGGGGUCAACAGCGACAUGCUGACUGAACAGAAGGUCCCAUCCGAUGAGGAGCUCCCCCCGAGUUUCGAAGAGCUACCCUGGUACUCCAGGAGGAUGUCAUUCCUGGGGAGGAAGAGACACCAGCACCGGGGUAAGGUGUCCUCUGAGGACAUGCAGCCCACCACUGUGGUGAGCUCAUCCUUCACUGUGGACGGGCCAUCCUCUCCUCAUCUGAAGAACCAACUCUCCCUCGCCAGGAGCGUGGCUGCCAGCACAGAGUGGCAAUCCAGGUCUUUCCAGGAGAAGUUGCCAGUGAAGCAGGGGAGGUCACUAUCGGUUGGGUACUGGUCAUUUUCUCUUCCUAAGAGGCUGCCACUAGCCAGGAAGAGGCCACCCUCCCUUCAAGACAUGCCACUGUCACUCAGGGAAAACCAGCUGCCGCUGUCUGGGAGUCAGCCACCGUCUUCGGGACAGCUGCCUUUGGAGAGCCAGCCAGGAGCCUGGGAAGCAAGGAAACCCCUCUGGAGUGUCUCGCUGCCGUCCUUGAAGAGCUUGGAAAAGGAGCUCGAGCUCCCAGAGGAGGAGGAGCUGGGGCCACCUCCCACCGACACCUCUUCUACCCUGGUGGAAGUCACGCCACUGUCUACAGAAGAGUCAUCCGCCUACGAGCUGCCCAUGGAGGGGGAGCCCGGGCCGGAGGAGGGGCAGCCGGCGGUGCCCAGUGGGGACCAAGUGCCACCCAACCCAGCAGAACAGCCGCCCCUGCCUGAGAAGGACCAGUGACCGCCCAGGCUUUGUCAGCAUCAACCGGCGAGCAUGAGGCCGUCCCCCGAAGACAACGGCUCCACGUCCUUUUCUUUCUCUAAUAAACCAGGGUCCCUCGGACCCAGGGCUCCCCGAGGCUCCCUCACUUCCUUUUA